GCUUAUGAGAUUGUAAUAGAUGAUUUGAAUAACUAGGGGGUUACAUUAUGUUGGGUUGGUGGAGAAUGUUUUAGCAUGAAAAAUCUGAUUAUUUGGUGAGGCUAUUGAAGAAAAAAAAGGAAUUUCUCAACGGUAACCCUUAGUUAUGAAUUCUUCUCUUUGAAUUUUUACUUGGAUGCUCUUUUUUUUCCCCUUACUUUUACACUUCUUUUUUCAAACUCUUUCAUCGGAUUAUCUUGUUAUGUCCCUUUUUCUAUAUCAGACAGUUCUUUACGACGAUUUAUGUUAGCCGACCCCAAAUAGGAUUUCAAUGAGAAAUAAAGGGAUAACAAUUUUUUAUCUAGCAAAUGGGUCAGAUGGUGGUGUAAUUUAUGUCAACUAUGUGUUUAGCAAGUUGGUACCAAUUUGAUGAUGGGCACAAGCUAGAAUCAAUAAAUGUAGCACACCUCAAAGUUGGUGUCUUGGAUUUAAUAUUUCCAUAUAUCGUUAAAUGUGUGUUCUGUAUUGCGUCUUUGUUUGAUUUAUACAAAAAGUCUCAUUGUUACUCAUAAAAGUUGGAAGAUGCAUAAAUUCAUAUUACAUUUUGUUGGUUGUACGUUCUAUUUUCAUCCAUUCUUUUUCUUGGGUACACUUUCUUUUAUCCUAUUUUGGCAAACUUUUCUCACAUUAACUAAUCUACAACCACUCUACUCUUUCUUACAAAAACCCCACUUACAACAAUUUCUCUCCUACUCUUGUUACACAUAUCCCACCUCUCAAAUUCCCUUUCCACCUCUCGUUGGUCUGUGGUAUCCAUAUGAAGUGUUACUAACAUUUAGAACCGAAGGUACUCUUAACAACUAAUCCUAUCAUAGUUUUAAAAUUGUGAAAGACAGUAAUCUACUUUUGCCAACCUCUUGUAUCUUCUCAUAUGCAUUUAUUUUGUUGUGAUUAGUUCAGUUGUCUUUGACAUGUUGUGUGGUCGGAGGGUCCAGAAGGGUGUAAAAAUACUUGUACAGAAUAUUGGAUGGGAGGAUAGUGUUAUAUUGUCAGCUUCUGUGUGUCUGUUGGCCCUGUCGUUACAUAAGAGAUAUUUAAGGCUGUUAAUAUUGUUCAUUUGUUUGUUAUAUUUGGUGAUUUUCACUUUCAAAGUGCAUGAGUUAUUUGCGUGUGACCAUCAAUUUGUCCUAAUGUUGAUAUGUAUAUCGUUAUGGGAUACUCCUAUAUGCCAUUAUAGUGUUAUACAGUCAAUUUUGCUAACAUUGGUAAAGUUUUAGUGAACUAAGGGUGUACAUGUUUUGACUUUGGUCUUUAGUAUCUAUAUUUUUUCUGUAUAAAUAUCACAUUGAAUGAAGAAGGGACCAUAAUUUUGUAGAAUUCGAUAAUAUUUGACUGAAAGAGCUUGGUGAAGCAAGUGGAACUGCAUUCCUUGUUUGAAUGAUGACGUAUUAAGAGAUCAAACAUGUACCAUGGCCUAUAGGUGUCUUUCUCUUCUGAUAUGGUCUGCUAUUUACUUGAAAUUUUGUGUUUUUCUUGUCAGGACGUUAUGUUUCUCCUUCCGCUGCUGAAAUGUAAAACACAAGGAAACAAGGAAGUUCAAACCAGUCUUCAGUCCAGUACGAAGCCAAGCCUCAAAUGUUGGUGUUGGAUCAAGCGACUUUGAUGGAAGAGAGGAGUUUAAUAGUCAGAAUAUAUCUUCAAAUAGCUCAUCCACUGAAAGCUCCUCUCAAAUUGACAAGCGUCCUAGCCGAAUCCCUUAUCCUCUCUCUAUAGCUAUGGUUCUAGGUGGGUGUGCUCUGGCAUUUUCCCUUGUAAUGUUUGUCAAAGGAGGGCCUUCAUAAAUAUUGGCUGCAAUUACAAAGACCGGAUUUACUGCUGCAUUCACAUUAAUGUUUGUCUCAGAAAUUGGGGACAAGACAUUUUUUAUUGCUGCUCUCCUGGCCAUGCAGUAUAAAAAAGGACUGGUUCUGUUAGGAUCAAUGGGUGCCCUUGGACUAAUGACCAUCCUCUCUGUGAUAAUAGGACGAGUAUUUCAGUCUGUACCGGCUCAAUUUCAGACAAGUAAGUGUUUACCUCACAUUUGAGGAAUCAUGUUUGUAAUUGUUGGCCUAACUUAUGAUUGCACUAUGUGUCAGGGUGUCAGGCUCAUGAAACCACCUUUUCUAUUUUUUUAUUGGGAAAUUCUCAUGUCGCCUCUAAAAAUUGCUAUGCUUGAUUGCUAGCCCCUUUUGUUAAAAAAAAAAAAAACAAUUUACAAAAUGACCCUAAUUCAUUUAUUAUUCACUUAUUAAGACCUAAUCCAUUUAUCACUAAAAUGCAAAUUGUGGUUUACCUAAUAAAUUACUUAUAUGGCCCUACAAUCCUCAACUUUCUCCCUACUCACACCACUUUACAACAUCAACCACCAUCACCAUACAUUUGUUAGUAAGACCCUUUUUAGCCCAGCACAGUACACCUUUUUGCCCAUUUUUUUCUUAAUCAAUUUAAAAGAUGGCAAAUUGUAAACUAAUAAUCCCACCUUUAGGUGGUCUUCCACAAACAAUCCCACCUUUCUAAAAUCCAGAAACAAUCCCACCUAUUCCCCCUAUCUUCCAUUAACGAUCCUUUUUACAGGUUACCCCUUAAACCGGUGAACCUAUUCUAUUUCCCUCCCUAAAGUCUUUCUUCUCCAACGGUUUUCCCCCAAAAAAAACAUAAGUUUCGCCAUUUUUAUGAAACAAAGUAACAAUUAAAAAAAAAAUUAACUUUCAGAAACUUAUCUUCAUCGAAAGGACUGCAAUUGUUCAUUGAUUGAAGGAAAUUAAGGUCCUUAGCACAACAAUUCAAGGUGGGCUAAUUAGAGGUAAAUUUUCGACAAACCCUAGCUUUCUUAAAUUUGCGAAUUAAAGCAAUUAAACGAAGAUAGCUUCGAUUAACAUAGUGAAGAUUAAUUUAAGUAGUUAUUGAGACUGUUUGCGUAUUGUAAUGGGUCUUGCAUGUUUGAAAAUAUAUCAUGGUGGGAAGUUUAAAUUUGACAGUAAUGGUUACUGGGUUUAUUUGGGAGGGAAGUUCAGAACUUUUGAUGUUGAUGUUGAUGAGUUGUGUUGGUUUUAUAUGAAGGAAUUAGUUGCUAAAUGUGGUAAUUAUUCUGGAAAUUUCAAACUUUAUUACUUAAAUCCUGCACUUGACUUAAGGGGUGGGUUAAAGUCUGCAUUUACUGAUGAUGAAUUCAGAGAAUUGGGUAGGGUAAUGGUGGAGAACAGAACAGUAGACUUGUAUGUAGUUGUUGAUGAUGUUCAGCCUGAAUUUGUUAAACAAUCCCAGACUGGAUCCAAUACCACAACCCAGCCCACUUCAGCCAUUGUUGCCACAGAACAUGAGCCCAAUAGGCCCAAAAAAUUGAUACCUAAGAGAGCUGGCAUUUUGAGUCAGGCAUCUAGUGCAGCUUCAGAGAAGCUGCAUGUGUUGGAAAAGUCUAAAGGCAAAGCAGUAGAAGUGGUCCCCACUCUAACAACAAACAAACAACUUCAACCAUUUCCUAGAUCUAGUACCUCCAUUUCAUUACCAGAAAACCCUAGUCAAACAACAGCAACCCCAACUCAAACAGAAAACACAUUAGAGCCUCAUUCUGAAUUCAUUAGAUGUGAAGUGUCAGGGGACUAUGAUUGGGAGGAAGACAGACCUAAUAGCCCCAUUGCCAUAGAUGAGUUACUGCAUGGUUUAGGAAGUGAUGAAGAUGAUGAUGAUAGAGAUUAUGUGUUAGAAGAUGAUUUGGAGGGUGAGUCUGAUGCAGAUGAGUAUGAGGAUGAGGUUAAUCUCAGAAAUGAGUAUGAGGAAGAGGAUUGGCUAGGUGAUUAUGAGAUUUAUCAAGCUAACUAUGAUUUAGAUGGGGAAGAUGAUGAUGUUAGUGACAUUGAAGAGUUGAAGGAGCCAGAGGAUUUUGAUGCUGAUAGUAGUGAUGAUGAGAAAAGGGAGGCAAGGGAAAAAGUGAAAGGUUUCAAUUGUAGUGUAGUAGAAUUGGCACAAUCACUACAAGUUCAAGCUGCUAAGGGUAAUUUAGCUGCACAACAGGAGGGGAACAAAGGGGGUGAGAGUAGUAUACAGGUUGGGGAGACUAGUAAACAAGCUGGGGAGGGUGGAAAACAGGCUGGUUACAACUCUGAAUAUGAAGAAUCUGAUGAAGAAAUUCACACACCUAGGGGAAGUGAUGAAGAGGAGACAAUUGGGGAAAGAAAGAGCAGGAGAGGUCUGCUUGUAGGGCUUGAGACUGACUUUACUCAGUUUCAGUGGAAAGUUGGGCAUAGAUUUGCAACUAGGGAGGACUUCAAGCAAGCUGUUGCUAAGUUUGCAAUUUUUCAAGGUAGAAAUCUAACUAUUGUGACAGCAAAUAAAAGUAGGCAACAAAGAAUUGGUGUGAGGUGCAGUGAAGGGUUUCCUUUUAGGUUGUAUGCCUCUUGGGACUCCUGGAGAGGUUCCUUUGUAGUUAAAACAGUAGUGUCAAACCAUAGUUGCAUCAGAACUAUGGAGAAAAACAAGCAGCUAAAAGGGUCAUGGUUGGCAGAACAACUACUUGAUGUGUUUAAGGCUAGGCCUCAUUGGCCAGCUAAAGAGAUCAUUGAAACAGUCAGGAGAGCUUACAGGGUUAUCAUUAGGAAAGAGUUUGCUUACAAGGUAAAGUGGCAUGCUCACAAAAAGCUUCAUGGCUCCAUGAGAGAGCAUUAUGGGAAGGUUGGCAGGUAUCUUGAAGCCUUGAAAAGGUCCAGUCCAAACACACAGUUGGACUUAGUCACAUACAUGGACAAGAAUAAGCCACCACAGAUUUUUCAGAGGUUGUAUGUCUGUUUUGAGGGAUUGCAAAAAGGUUGGAUGGAGGGUUGCAGAAAAAUUAUAUGUGUUGAUGCUUGCUUUUUGAAGACAUUCCUAGGGGGACAGUUGAUGUCUGCUGUAGGCAGAGAUGGGAAUGAUCAGAUGUACCCAAUUGCUUGGGCAGUGGUGGAGGGUAAAGAUAAUACUUCCUGGGAGUGGUUUCUGAAUAACCUCAGCAAAAGCCUUCAGCUUGGUGAUGGUUCUAGAACAGUGAUUGUGUCAGAUGAGCAUCAAGUAUAAACUUCAACUGUUUUUGGUUUUUU